UCGAAGUUUGAAAUGAUUUAUGAUUGAUUGUGAUGAUUUAUGAAUUAUGAUGAUCAAUCUUUUGUUAUGAUAAUUUAUGAUUGAUUAUGAUAAUUUAUGAUUGAUUAUGAUAAUUUAUGAUUGAUUAUGGGGCUUGUCGCUUAUGAACACAUUGCUUGUUGAUAACUAAAGCAUUAUUUAGGUUAUUUUUAGUCCAUUAAACUUUCUUUUGGGCGAUUUUAUUGCGUUGGGAUUUUAUUUCAUGGGCUUUAAGCACGGGGAAUUCACCUCAAAAUUUGAAUUAGACAAUGUGUCCACCUGAAGCCAACAACAACAGCUUCGCCAAUGUACAAAGAAUAAGAAAAACAGUUUCGUUUUGUGGAAUUUGAGCUUGACCAAAUAGGAGUCUAGGACUUCAUUUUACGUUUUAAAUGGCUUCUCUAGCAAAAAGAGUUUUUGUAUUUGGUGGAGGGGUCGCAUCGUCGUUGUUUUUGUUCAAUGCAGUCGACAGAAGGUUUUACGAAAAGAGGGAAAGUAAACAUACUUUGCAGGCUGAAGGAUCAAUGACGAAGAAUCAUGAUCUGCAGCUCAAGGAAGUGAUAAUUCUCACAAGACAUGGGGCCAGGACGCCCUUCAGAUUUAUUCCGAAUUAUGAACCUGCCACAUGGCCUCUUGAAGACCUUGCAGAUUUGGAACACACAUUGAUCAAUUACACUGUCAAAAGUUUAGAUUUUGGGAGCAAGCCAGAAUCGACGAUCGAUAACGCUCACGGCAGCAGGGCUAGAUUGAAAGGUGGCUCACCCGUGGCUCAGCUGACCAAGAUUGGCCAGGAGCAGAUGUUUCAACUUGGAAGAUCAUACAGAAAAAAAUACAUUGAAGAACUUGGCUUUCUCUCGCCAGAAUACAACAAUGAAGAAUUGUACGUUCGAUCCACUAACAUGAAAAGAACAAUUUCCUCAGCUAGAUGUGUGUUAUCAGGACUGUAUGGAAGCACCAAGCCAAACGAUCCAAUUCCAAUCUUCACGACUGAAAGCGAGAACGAGGCUCUGUUUCCAAAUUUCUUCUUUUGCGCUAAUCUCAAGCAGUGGAGUAAAGUUGCCAUGACAACGUGGGAUGAAAUACCAGGUCUUGCUGAGUUUUACGAUGCUGUUGCUAAGGAACUUGGGGUUGACAGAAAGAAGGAAGAGUUUAGUGUCUUAGGCCUCAAGGAAAAUAUGGGCUCAAGAGCUGCAAAAGAUGCACCGAUACCUGAAUGUUUAAUAAAACGAAAAGAUGAGAUCGAGUCCUUUGCCGUAGCCUAUCAAAUGCGAGUACUUGUUGGAACAGGGAAAAGCAAGGAAAUUUCACGAAUGUCUGUGGGUGGAUUCAUGGAAGCAAUGUGUUCGCAGAUAGAAGACAAAGUUCGUCACAAAAGUGAUCUGAAGUUUGUGCUUUAUUCCGGACACGAUAUGACAAUGAUGACAAUGUUGUAUGUGCUUGGCGUCUAUGACUUUAAAUGGCCUAAAUAUGCAGCUGAUGUCAAGAUUGAGCUCUACCAAGACAAGAAUCAAGACUGGUUUGUGAAGCUUCUUUACAACGACAAGGAUCUGACACUGCCAGGGUGUGGAACGCCUGUUUGUCCUCUUUCAAGGUUUUUGGAACUUUGUGAGCCAUAUCGUGUGAAAGACUGGUAUGCAGAAUGCGGCAUCAAAGGAGAAGGGGUAAAAGAGAAUGUCCCUACUGGUAUUAUGUAGACAAAAACUGCCAUGAUGGGCCACAAUGGUAUCAAUAUUAAAUCUGGCGUGCAUACUGCAAAGUACUUUGAAUGGUGAUACCAUCACGUACAUUACAUCUUAUGAAU